AUGACGGACGUAGACGAAGAACCGUUGGCACAAGUCUUAGAGGACAUUGAGGUUGUAGACAUGCUGCCAGCUGACGCUGCAGCAGUAUAUGAAUUCAUGGAUGUAUUCGACGUUUUCCCAUCAGACGUCGACGGUGAAUUCAUACCGAUUCCCCUGGCUGCUCCCAGAGCACAUGUGCCCGUUAGAGACCGUCCGGCUGGCGUUCGACACCAACUUCCCGAACAGCACGACAUAGGACCAUUGGAUGCCGCCUGCGCUCACUGUUAUGGCCGUCAUUUCCGGUGUGAGAAGAUUGGAAAUACUCAUUUUUCAACGUGUUGCAAUAAUGGUCAAAUGGCUAUUACGGGUGACCGCGUGUUGGGUCAACCUCCAGAGUUAUUAAUUCAUUUGUUAAUAGAUGAUUCACAGGUAGCCAGACACUUUAGAAAAGAAAUCAGACGAUACAACAACACUUUGGCGUUUGCUGCGUUUUCCACUGACUUCAACCCAAGACGUUUGCCAGGUCGGGGACCAAAAGUGUUUACUGUUCACGGGCAGGUGUAUCGUAGGAUUUCUAACGAUGUCGUCAGAAAUGAAAUGAUGCAACCGAGUUACUGUGAGUUGUAUUUCAUUGAAUCCGGGGAGGCCAAUCGGAUUCGAAUGGCACAACAGCCACGCCAACAUCCAUUAUUGGAGAACUUGAUUACAGAGUUAGACAGUCUGUUACGGCAAAUCAAUCCGUUUGCAGUGGCUUUUCAGACCAUGCGACAGGUAUGGCAGAGGGAACAAGAAGCUGCUGCUGCUGAUCCCACGGUGCGACCGAGAAGAGUGACAAUGCACAUCAUCGCCGACCCAAAUAAUGACCCUCGGCGAUACAAUCCACCAACUGGUAAUGCGAAUGAAGUAGCAGUCGUAUUCGUUGGUGAUGACGGGCUGCCACCGAGGAACCUCGAUCUGGUCAUCUAUGACACGAACCCGGUGGACGCACAACACCGGAUGCAAAGCAUAUCAGUGGGCUCGCCUCAUGCGGAUCCCAUGCUGUAUCCACUGUUCUUUCCAUACGGAGAAUCCGGUUGGCAGUACAACCUGCGACAAGAGGGU